AUGGUCACGAACAAUGGGUUGAUGCGCGUCUUUUGGCCGUCCGACACAACAUGCGGGCAACAGGCUGGAGUUCUUGUUGGAUGGAGAAACUCAGAGCUUGACGUGCUUGUGGUGACAGUGCUUCGGGAUGUUGAGGCUCGCAAUGUAGAGAACGCCUUACGCUCCGAGGCGCUCUUGCGCAACAGCCCCUAUCCCAUCCACCAGAUACUCGACCGCUGUGAGCAAUCAGCUCUGCAGGUUCUCGGUGUCGUCAAUCCUCCAACGCCGCCUACGCAUUUCAACCCGGCGCAUCUCGCAGCAUCUAAUCAUGCAGGGUCUCGCAUGCCCCACGUGUACUGCCCAGCAGAGAGCAAUACAACGGCCCAAAUCAUACUGUUCGAUAGACCUCAACCAUCUCGCAUGCAAUAUCUUUCUCUGACACCCAUAUCCUUGGCACUGGGAGACAAGCCGGACAAAGCUGGAAGAGGCAUACCCCCUCUAGACGGUAUAGAUGCGGAGGAAGAAAGAGAGCGGAAGAGGAAACAGGCGCUCGUGGAGAAAUUGAAGCUGCAUACUGUUGUGAAGCAUGCCCCGACGCAGAAAGAGUUGGCUCUACCGACAAUCAUCAACCAGAUAAAUUGCUCUGCCGAAAUCGCUGCGUUGCUGCAACAGAACGUCGGCAUUGUUGGCAUGCGGCUCAAGCGAACAUUAAGCGUCAGUGAGAGAGUUGUUGCGUCUGCUAGUAACUUAUGGGAUCACAUCCUCCUCAUUCUCUGGCAUGUCAUAACCAUCUGGAUCUAUCCGCUUGUGGCCAAGCUCUUUGUCCUCGGACUUAUCGCCCAUCGUAUCGCUGGCGAGCUGCUUCUCCGAAUUUUAGAAUGGAGAUUACUUCCCGAGUCCGCCGCGCUGAAGGAUGUCUCAGCUACAGCGCAACAAGUCGACCUGCGGCUACAGCAGUUCUGCUACUGGCCCAUUCAAUACAUGACCUUGCGAAAGAGAAAAGCGAACUGGCAAAGCAUCACCAACAGUCAUCCGGAGUAUAUCCGCUUCUACAACAGCUUGUGGCUGGUUGCCAACGAUGUGAUCAUCGGGAUCGCCCUGGGUUCCUAUAUCAUCGAGAACUCGGACUUUGUCGCUUCCCAGGUUGACAAUGUCUUGAGUGCUUGGUCGAUUGAAGGACUCCGGCGGAUGAUUACUUGGCUCAUGGAUUGGCCAGCCGGCCUAAAGCUCAACACUGAACUUGCAGCGUUCUUGGGAGAUCUCUUCCUGUGGGUUAUUGACUACUGGGCAAGCUGUAUGACUGCGCUAAGACCAGCGUUACCUGGCAUCGUGCACUUCAUUGGUUUUUCCAGCUUUGCUGGCGCUACGAUGCCGAUCUCGCUGUUCUCAGACCUUGUCUCUGUGCUGAGCCUGCACAUAUACUCCUUCUACAUCGCGUCUGCCCGCAUCUUCAACUGGCAACUGACAAUCAUCACAUCCCUGUUCCAUCUCUUUCGGGGCAAGAAACGAAACGUCUUGCGUAACCGGAUUGACUCAUGCGAUUACGACCUGGACCAGUUGCUGCUCGGCACGAUACUGUUCACGCUACUCUUCUUCUUGCUGCCCACAGUUUUUGUGUUCUACCUGACAUUCGCAUCAGCGAGGAUGGCGAUCAUCACGCUGAAGGCGUUCCUAGACACAGCACUCGCUUGUCUGAACCAUUUCCCGCUUUUUGCGCUCAUGUUGCGUAUCAAAGAUUCCCAGCGGUUACCAGGUGGCAUUCGUUUUGAUCUCCAGGAUACUCGUUGCGGUCAUAUGGUGGAACAAGCAGAUUCCGCUCCCAUGUCUUGCAUCUCACUCAAGUCCGUUCCUCUACCGCUCGACGCAAUGUUCAAUGAGUACUUCCAGCUCGGCAAUCGCAUACGGAAGCACUACAUAUCUCCCGGCGUUUUCCUCUGCCUUGUGACCGGCCGCUUCGUUCCACCUAUCCACCGCAAGAACCUGUACAGUCUGCAAUACAGUAUGCUGCCUGCGAGGCGGGCGGGCAUCGUCGAACUCUGGUCGCGGCUUACUGGCCAGGGUGCUCCAACUGCUAACGGCCAUGUCAAGAGACCUUCCAAUGGUUAUGUCAGAAAGGGGCACCACUAG